AUGAUACAACAAUCCCAUGGCACUCGACAAUCUGCCCGCAAAAACAGUGGCGCCAAAGCCUGCGACAAAUCCGCACCCAGCAAUGACCUACACCUACCAUCGCUUGGCAAUGCUCCUUCACACCUUGUUGUUGUCGGCCGGCACAGGCUCCGAUUGACAGGAAACCAACAACCGGGCCCUGAACGCAAAACAAACAAGUACUCCUUCAACGUCAUGGACCCCCGCGUUGGAUCAGUUGAAUGUCUUCACAUACGCGUCAGCGGUGGGCCGCUACGCUACACUACGCUACGGGCCCAUGUAGCUGUUAGCGCGCCGCUACGGCCGCUGCGCUACACUAAUUUGUAG